AUGUCAAUGAUCACAAUGCUGUUACCAUUCGUUCUGUGUCUUAUUCUCCCACCCUUGAUUUUCUUCUUCAUCAUCAUCGAAAACCGCCGAACCUUCAAGAACCCACCCCUUCCACCUGGUCCUAAAGGCCUUCCAAUACUAGGAAAUCUACAUCAAUUGGAUAACUCUACCCUUUACUUGCAGCUAUUGAAACUGUCAAAGAAAUAUGGUCCUCUGUUUUCCCUUCAACUUGGUCUAAGGCAAGCUAUUGUUGUUUCCUCACCUAAAUUAGCCAAAGAGGUACUUAAAAAACAUGACCUUGUGUUUUGUGACAGACCUAAAUUACUUGCCCAACAAAAAUUGUCCUAUAAUGGGUUAGAGAUUAUAUUUUCCCCAUACAAUGAUUAUUGGAGAGAAAUUAGAAAAAUUUGUGUUGUUCAUAUCUUUAGCUCCAAGCGUGUCUCUAACUUCUCUUCCAUAAGAAAGUCUGAGGUGAAGCAAGUGAUUGAAAAGAUAUCUAAGCAUGCUUCUUCUUCAGUUGUUACAAACUUGAGUAAGUUGAUGAUGUCUCUCUCAAGCUCUAUAGUAUGUAGAAUUGCUUUUGGGAGAAGGUACGAGGAUGAAGGAAGUGAAACGACUAGGUUUCAUGGGUUGCUCAAUGAGUUUCAAGCCAUGAUUGCUACCUUCUUUAUUUCUGAUUAUAUUCCAUUCACCAGUUGGAUUGAUAAAUUAAAAGGAUUACACAUACGUCUCGAACGAAUUUUCAAGGAGUUUGAUAAGAUUUACCAAGAGGUCAUCGAGGAACACAUGGAUCCAAAUAGACAGCACAAGGAGGAACAAGAUAUAGUUGAUGUCUUGCUUCAAGUAAAGAAAGAGGGUUCGCUUUCAAUUGAUCUCACCUAUGAUCACAUCAAAGGGGUCCUCAUGGACAUGUUUGUGGCAGCAACAGAUACCACGGCAGCGACAUCAGUUUGGGCUAUGACUGCCCUAAUAAAAAACCCGAGAGUAAUGAAGAAAGUACAAGAAGAAAUUAGAAGCAUGGGGGGUCAAAAAGAUUUGUUAGAUGAAGAUGACAUUAAAAAGUGUCCCUACUUCAAGGCAAUGAUAAAAGAGACAUUAAGAUUGCACCCACCAGGUCCACUACUGGUCCCAAGAGAAGCAAAUAAAGAAUGCAUUAUAGAUGGCUACCGAAUUCCUGCCAAGACUAUUGUUUAUGUAAAUGCUGGAAGUAUUCAUAGGGACCCUGAAGCUUGGAAAAACCCCGAAGAGUUUUAUCCUGAAAGAUUCUUAGACAGUGCUAUAGAUUUUCAUGGGCAAGAUUUUGAGCUAAUUCCUUUUGGAGCAGGUCGUAGAAUUUGUCCUGGUUUGCCUAUGGCAAUUGCCACAUUGGAACUGAUUCUUGCUAAUCUUCUUCAUUCCUUUGAUUGGGAAUUGCCAAAAGGAAUGGUAAAGGAAGAUAUUGACACUGAAAUGUCGCUAGGAAUUACCCACCACAAGAAAAAUCAUCUUUGCCUUUGUGCCAAGACCAGACCUAUGUGUAACUAA